CCUCCCUCCGCCCUGCUCCUCUGCUCACACCGGGACAGACGCUCCUAGCCCAGUGUCAGGUGUCCCGCAGGUUUCGCUCCAGCUCCGACUCCGCGGAAUUUUGUACAGUGCUGUGUUUGGCCUGAGCGAUGGACAGCGGUGGAUUUCGGCGUUCGUGGGCCACGCAGUCGCUCCGGAUCACGGCCAAAGAGCUGUCCCUGAGCGGCAAAGGCAAGAACAGCGCCAUCGCAGAGAGAUUCUCCAAGUACCAAAAAGCUGCAGAGGAAGCCACAGACAAGAAGAAGACUUCUUUUGAUGGCAGAGCCUCUCUCCGCUCCGGUAAUCUGAGUGCUCUGAAGAAACGCUGGGAGCAGGGAGGGACCACCAAGCCCAAACCCAUCCCCGAAAACCUACCAGCACCCAGGGCCCUCAAGCUACCAGCACCCAAGACCUCCGAUCAACAAGCACCCAAGCCCCCCAAUCUGCCUGCGCCCAAGCCCCCCAAUCUGCCUGCGCCCAAGCCCCCCAAUCUGCCUGCGCCCAAGACCCCCGAUUUGCCUGCGCCCAAGACCCCCAAUCUGCCUGCGCCCAAGACCCCCGAUUUGCCUGUGCCCAAGACCCCCAAUUUACCCGUGCCCAAGACCCCUGAUCUACCUGCGCCCAAGACACCCGAUCUACCGUCACACAAGUCCCAGGAACCCCUCAGUCUGAAGGAGGAGCACCCAAGGGCCCCCGCCACCCGACAGACCUCCACCUCAGCUGAGCCCAGACCAAACAAAACCGAGGAGCACAAACCAGAGAAGCUGUCGAUGGAGCGGACGAAGAGGACCAUCAGCGAGGACAGGUCCGAGGAUCAGGUCCCCACGAGCCCCUGCGCCGCCUACGAGAAACCCCGAGUGCCCCUCACCAACCUCAAGAUGAAGUUUGAGAGAGGGGAGGAGGCGAGCACCAAGACUGGACGGACGACUCUUCGCAGCACCUCAACUGAAGACGUGAACCACAGCGGAGGCUCUUCUAUCCUAAGGGAGAAAAUGGCCAAGUACCAGGCUACAGUCUCCAAACACGCACCAAAGCUGACCACCGGCGAAACUCUGGCUCCGAAAACGUCUGCUUCCGAGUGCAACGGCGAGAAGGUCAAUGGUGAAGUGAGUGACCCUCCUAAAACCGCCAAAUUCCGUCUGCCCGCCCGCGAGACAUGUUACGCCUGUGUGAAGACGGUGUACCCUCUGGAGAGACUGGCCGUUCUGCAGCACGUCUACCACAAGAGCUGCUUCAAAUGUGCCCACUGCAGCACCAGGCUCAGUCUGGGUAACUACGCCUCCCUCCACGGAAACGUCUACUGCAAACCCCAUUUCAACCAGCUCUUCAAGGCCAAAGGAAACUACGACGAGGGCUUCGGACACAGACCCCACAAGGAGCUGUGGGAGCCCAAAGUGGAGGGAGAAGAGGAGAAAGACGCGAAACCCACCCAAAACGAAGUCUCAAAACCUCCAACUCCAAGCCCAGUCAACGCCAACCCAGACCCGUCCCCAAGCGUAGAAGACUCCCCAAUCGCAAAAGUCACCGAUUUAACGCAACUUUUGGAGAAGCAGCCGCAAGAAACGAAGGAGAAAUCGAGCGAAAAACCAAUUCCGAGUCGCAGGUUGCAUGUAGCGUGGCCACCUCCAGGCGGGGAAGGCCAAAACGGUGGCCCCUUGAGUCCACUGAAGGAAGGAGGAGGAGUGUCAGUGAGGAGCUUUAAAAAAUGGCCUCCAGAAGAUGAACCAGUAUCUUCAUUCCAAAGCACGGAGAGAGCGGAGCUGAAAAACCUGAGGAGAAGUUCGUCUUUGAAAGAGCGAAGCCGGCCCUUCACGCUGUUGAAAAACUCAGAGGCAGGCACCGUAACCGUGAGGCAGCGAGAGCCCAGACGACCACUGAAAACUCUGCAAGAAUGGAGGGCGUCGAUGGAGGAGAGGCUGUCCAUGGAGGAGAAAGAGGAGACCAAACCAGAACCGAAACCAGAGGAGGUCCUAGCUCCCAUUAAGGAGAAGCAGGAAGUCCAGGAAAGUCCCAAAGAAGUUCAGCCCCAAGUCCAGGACGAACCGGACCAAGAUUCUCAGGAAGAACCGGAGAUGAGCGCGGAAGACAUUAUCAAGAGGAACAGAUACUACGACGACGAAUACGAAGAUGACGACAUGGUGUAGUGGAGAAGUUAAGCCUAAACCUGCCACGAUAACAAAUUUUAAAGCACAGUAAAUCGCUGAAGAGAAAUAAAGGGACUUAUUUUACGCUCUACAGCUCAAAUCGAAUCAAAUCACAACGAAAAUAACAAAAAUCUUCCCAUUAUCACAAAGAAAAUGUACACGGAACAUUGAAACCCCAAAAUAUCUCUUUCCAGCUUUCAUACACAGAACGAUAAAUCGAUAUCGUGAUUAUCAUGACAGGCCUAGUUAAGCCAUAGUUCUUCAUAUCCAGGUGAAAAUUUUAGUCUUUUCUUACGCAAUAGAUCAAAUUACACAACAAAGGGGCAUAAAAAGUUGUAAAUAUUAGGAUUGCUUUUCGCUGUAUUGUGGGGAAAAAAAUGUCGCGUGCAUAAUUUGAAAAGCAAAAAUUGAUAAUAAUGCCAUUUUCUGUUUUACAAGAAGUCGAAAGUAAUUGUCCUAUUAGAGAUUUUGUAUUUAAAUUUUUAUACCCAGGUUUACACAGUUUUGACUUAAAGAUGCACUGUGUAACUUUUUUGGUGGAGCAUCUGUCACUUGCUUUUCUCUGCUGAGAGGUUUUGAAGGUUUUUUGCCUGGAAUGUUCCACAGUAUGGCAUUAAAACAUAUGUAUCUCCAUGGAGAUGAUACCAGACUAAGUUACAGGUCAUUCACAGUAAGAGUUUGUUUUUCGAUGUGUGUUUGAACAAUAGAAAUUUAGAAUUAAAUAAAUGUAGGUAAGUAGAUAAAGGUACUAGAGAUGUAACAAUCACUGAAAUAUUGUGAUAUCGUAUCUCACAAUAAUAAGUCUUACACAAUAUAUCGAAUUACAACUCUUUUUACUUAAAUUAAUAGUUAUGGUGAUUUUAAGUCUUUUUUAUUCCGUAAAGUACUUUGAAUUAUGGUUGGGCGGUAAUACAGUAUUAUAGUGUACUGCGGUAUCAAAAAGUAGCAAAAGUAUCAGUUUCAUUUUAAAAAUGUGCAGCACAUAAGCACCUAAUAUAAUAUCAUUUAUUGAUAUCUACACGUUUGCUCAGCACAAAUGAAUGUGUGGUUGUAUUUUCAAUUUAAUGCAUCACAAUUUAAAUCUAAUAGUAUCUAUAAUGUUUCUUUUAACUGUGUGGGGAGACGACGUUCGAUUAGUUUUGUUCUGUUGUCGCAGGAGACCAAGCGAGUUGGUCCCUAAAAGAAAAAAAUACUAGUACUUCUGCAACUUGGCAGCAUUUUGGUUUCAGGCCACAUUUGUUUACGUUUUACAGAAACGAAACUUAUAAGCACAUGAUGGCUCAUUUGCAUAAACUAUAAAGCGCUGAUAAAAACAGCUCUUUCCUUGUGCACUGAUGUGGUUCAGUUUCUGUCAGACUAAAGGACACGACUCAGAGGAAUAUGAAUGUUCUCUCUGUGACAGACGUUGUGCUUCUAUCGUGUUGGAGAUGGUUUGUGUAAAACUUAUCAGAGAUUAUAAGACUGCAGGUCAUACGCACAGACCAAACAGCGGUGCGGUUUCGUAGCCUAUCAAAGUCAUACUAAAACAUUUGGUACCAUAUACCCCAGUAAAAUCCUGAGAAGGUUUAACAGUAUAAUCAUUUAGAUACUGCCCAACCCUACUUUGAAUUAAUUAUGAAUUGUGCUAUACAAAUAAACUUUUCCUUGCCUUGUCCUGGUGCAGCAGUAGCUAAAACUACAUAGACCAUGAUCCUUUGGUGUUGUCAGUAUAGAUGACGUGAAGAAAUAACUGUUAAGAAGCAUUUUUAAAUCAUAAUUCUUCACAUUAUAACAGUACCAAGGUUUGUCAAGGCAUUUAAAAAGAAAAAGCAGCAUAUUCACAAUUUUGUAAAGCUUCACAAAAUAUCUCAAUAAAUAUCAAACCAUGAGAUGCAUAUCAUGAAAAUAUUGUAUCGAGGGGUUUUGGUAUCGUUACAUCCCUAGUAAAUAUGUUUAAUGCCAUACUGUGGAAAAUUCCAUGUAAAGCAAUGACAUCCACAGAGACAAGCAGGUGGUGGACUGUCCAAAAGUUACAUAGUGCAACUUUAAGCAAAAAAACAAACAUUCCAGAUGUUCUUUUUCUUUUUUGUAAUUUUGUUAAAAUAUGUAAUCAAUAUUUAACAGAACUUUCCACAUUUUAUAUUUGCACAUUCUUCUCGAGGUUAUGACCUGAUUUCGGCUUAGAGUCUUUUGUUAUUAUGCCGACGCCUGGGACAGCGAUGCCUUUGUUUGCUAAUAUAUGCAUUUUAUAUUAUUUUAUUCAAAUUAAGCUUUUAUACAUCUCAAUCAGAACUGAAAUAAGGUUCACUAAAUGAUCUCUGUGUCUAAAACUACGCUACGUUUCACUUUUGUUGCUACGAAAAAGCCAUUUGAACGUGUUUUGUAUGGGAAAACCUUUUAAAUACUGUGAUAAAAACGACAUAACCAUAAAAUUCUACAGUACUGUUUCUGCUCGUUUAAAUCCGGUCUGAACUUGGACUAAACCAGGACUAGGGCUGCAAAAUUAAACGUCUAUCUCUAAUGCACGGUUUAAACUCAACAAAAUUUACGAAUAUACAAGAAAAAAUGCUUAUGACCCUGUACCUUGAGUUUUAUUCCUUCUGUUUUAGUUUUGUAGCGGUCCAAAGUUCUUCCUCACUCAUCUUACACAUUCCCAGCAUUCCAAUUAUUCACCAUGAUGAGUUUAUAAGCACUUUUCACAACUCUCAGAAGCCAGAGUGGAGUUUUGCUGUCACCAUAACACUAACAACAACAACAACUAGUAGUGCACUUCCUGAUUAUCCUGAUUAUUACUCUCGAUUUUUUUAUUCUAGUAGACUUAUUUUGACCUCAAGAGCUGCUUAUAGGUUUGUAGUUUUAUUUUUUAUUAAGAGAAUUCUGUUGAAAGUUCACGUUUUUAACUUGCUCAGGAGAAUUAGAAAACUAAUCCAGGAAUUCCGUGUAUUUCAGAGCAUGUUUGUACAUGUUUGCACAGUUUUUACAAGAUAAAAACAUUUAAAUCUAUCAGAAAAUGAUUUAAAAGUAGUGAAAUGAUCUGUCCGUGCAGCAAGAUCAUUUUAUUUGACAAGUUCUCUUAAAAUAAAUGACUUCUAAACUAGAAUGAAGCAGCCUCACAACUAGUAAGUCGAAAAUAAAUCUGAAACCAAGAUGAAUAACCUCUUAUAACUUUUAAAAUCUUGGCCAGAUCAGAGAAAUUUGCAGCGUACAGAUCUAAACUACUAGUCUGAUUCAUCAGCUGGUUUCACAUGGUCGAAACCGUCUGACCUCGCAGCAUUAGGAUUCGUUCACUCGACAUAGGCGGGUACUUUUCUUCAUUUAACCAUUCACUGCUAUUUGGUAGUGACAUAUGUAAUGCGCCGCUAAUGGGGCUAAAUGGUAUAUUAAACUUUUCCCCAAAUCCCGUAGGAAGAAGGACAAUAACGUCUUUCCCCUUGAUAAGAUUCACCAAACUUUCUCUUUAUUCUGUCUUUAAAUCCUUGAUCUUGGGAAUCGUUGCCAACACAGAAUGUAUGGCUCUUCUCUGAUUGGCUGGUGCCCGAACUCUCACUUCUGGAGUUUCUGCGAACCGUCAGGGGUGUCCAAACUACGGCCCGUGGGACAGAUGCGGCUCUCAGACAAAUCUUUCUUGGACCUCAGGCUUCCAUGUGAAUUGGCCCAGAUUAUCUUGCAUCAGUUAAAAAUGAAGAUCUACCUUGAUAAAGCCAAUAUUGAAUAUUUAGUGUGUGGUUUUAAGGAUCUUAUCGUGAAUAAAGACUGAUGGAUCAUUCUAACGUGUUAAACAUGCACAUAUUUCAAUUAUUCACUGUACUGAGCACCAGUCUACGGCCCUUGAUCAGCCCUCUGCUUCAUCUGUGUUUAGAUAUGUGACCCUUGAUGAAAAAAGUUUGGACACACCUAGUCUAGUGUAUUCUGAUUCCUGACCUAUUCGCUGGAGAGAAAUGAAAUUGAGUGGACGCACUUGGUGGCGCCAACCUGGCUACUAAACUACAGUGUCGAACGGUUCUUUUGAUAUGAUUAUGACUCUUUUUGCAGCCCUAGUACAAACCAGUAUACCACCAAACUGUUUUUUAUUUAAUUUUCUUGUAUGUUUGUGAGAUAAUGUAAAUAAUGGAUAAAUUUUUGUCUUCAGGAAUCAGUUUUCCGGUGUUAAAAUGGAGCUUUAAGGCCAAGUUCUGUGUAGGAGUCCAUUCGCAUGCAUUCACACUAGUCCUGAUUUAGACUCGGUUCGGUCCUGGUUUAGUUCUGCUUAGUGCGCGAGUGUGAACAUAACCCAGUUUCAUUUAUUGCGGUUCGUUUCUUCAUUUUAACGAUCUGUUGCAAUAACCAAAACCAUGCUCAAACUCUUGUGUCUUUGCACUGCUGUUCAAUCAACAUUUUGUAUGACUUUGUAUCGGAAAAGAACUGGAAACAUUAAAUAAUAGAAAGAAA